GCUGGAGUGGGUGGGGUCUGUCAUUGGCAGCAGGGUGCUGGGAGUCUGGCAGAAAGUGAGUGGCCGCCCGAGGCUCGGAGCCCCCGGCCAGGCCAACCUAUGGAGCUCGAAAAUAUAGUAGCCAACACCGUGCUGCUGAAAGCCAGGGAAGGUGGUGGAGGGAACAGGAAAGGAAAAAGCAAGAAAUGGCGGCAAAUGUUGCAGUUCCCCCAUGUUAGCGAGUGCGAGGAGUUGAGGCGUACCAUUGAACAUGACUAUCAUAGUCUUUGUGACCGUCAGCCAAUUGGACGUCUACUCUUUCGCCAGUUCUGUGAGACCCGGCCUGAGCUGCAGCGUUGCAUCCGCUUUCUGGAUGCUGUGGUUGAGUAUGAGGUGUCCCCAGAUGAGAAUCGUAAGGAGUGUGGUCAGCGGCUGAUCGAGAAGUAUCUGGUCAGCACGAGUGAAGACUAUAUCACCGAGGUCCCUGAGCAACUGGUCAACAACUGCAAGGAGAGCCUAGAAAACAAUCCCUGCAAAGAACUGUUUAAAGACUGUUCUAAACUCGUCCAUGACUUCCUUAGUAUGGCUCCGUUUUCGGAUUACCUGGACAGCCAGUAUUACAACCGAUUUUUACAGUGGAAAUGGCUGGAGAGGGAACCGGUCACAAAGAACACAUUUCGGCAAUACAGAGUUCUUGGGAAAGGCGGCUUUGGCGAGGUCUGUGCCUGCCAAGUGCGAGCAACAGGGAAAAUGUAUGCUUGUAAGAAACUGGAGAAGAAGCGUAUUAAAAAAAGGAAAGGAGAAUCUAUGGCUUUGAAUGAGAAGCAGAUCCUAGAGAAAGUGAACAGCAGGUUUGUAGUCAGUCUGGCGUAUGCAUAUGAGACCAAAGAUGCUCUGUGUCUGGUGCUAACAUUAAUGAAUGGAGGCGAUCUGAAGUUUCACAUAUAUCACAUGGGAGAGGCUGGAUUUGAUCUGGAAAGAGCAGUGUUUUAUGCUGCAGAAAUCUGCUGCGGACUCCAGGAUCUACAUGAAGAGAGAAUAGUCUAUAGGGAUUUGAAACCAGAAAAUAUUUUGCUUGAUGAUCAUGGACACAUACGGAUCUCUGAUCUCGGACUUGCAGUGCACAUACCAGAGGGCCAAACCAUUAAAGGAAGAGUAGGCACCGUAGGAUAUAUGGCACCAGAAGUGGUAAGGAACGAGCGCUACACAUUCAGCCCUGACUGGUGGGCACUCGGGUGUCUACUGUAUGAGAUGAUUGAAGGGCAGUCUCCAUUCCAGCAGAGGAAGAGGAAGAUAAAGCGAGAGGAAGUGGAGCGACUGGUUAAGGAGGGCCAAGAAGAAUAUUCUAGCAAGUUUUCAGCAGAGGCACGGUCUCUGUGUACUGUGUUACUAUGUAAAGACCCAGAGCAACGAUUAGGGUGUUGUGGUCAAGGCGCCAAAGAGGUGAAAGAACAUGAACUUUUUAAACAUAUAAAUUUCAAGAGGCUUGAAGCGGGGAUUCUAGAACCGCCAUUCAAACCAGAUCCUCAGGCAAUAUACUGCAAAGAUGUUCUGGAUAUAGAGCAGUUCUCGACAGUAAAAGGUGUGGAGAUUGAGCAGACAGACAGUGACUUUUAUCGCAAGUUUGCCACUGGAUGUGUGCCUAUACCCUGGCAGAAUGAGAUGAUAGAGACAGACUGCUUUGCGGAACUGAGUAACAUUCCCCUGGAUGGAUCUGUCCCACCAGAUCUGGACUGGAGGGGUCUACCUUCACCGGAACCAAAAAAGGGGCUGCUGCAACGAUUCUUCAGCAGGCAGGACUGUUGUGGCAAUUGCAGCGACAGUGAUGAUGAGCCAACUCGCCUAUAGCCCUGAUGGGACAGAAGAACUGAACCAGUUUACACUUUUUUUUGCACAUUUAUUGGCCCACACUUUCCUCGCAGAGCGGCAUUACAACACUGUGCUCUCUAUUGUGCCUCAAUCGUCUUGUAAAGAAAACAUGUUAACUAUAAUAUUGUAAUGUAUAAAUUAUGAUCUAUAAAUAUAGGAAUGUAUAUUUUCCAGGUUUCGCCUCCACCACCUUCAGUAACUCCUUUCCUUGCUGCCAUAGGCCAAUGGACUGUUCAGGCCUCUCAGGAAGGACUGGCCAAUGGAAAUCCCACAACGUCAAUGUCCUCCUUUCUUUCUAUAAUUGUCCUAAGAGAUGUUUUUAUUUUGUUGAAGAAAAUGUAUUUUUUUUUUACAUAUAAAUAUAUAUAUAAAUAUAAAU